CUACCCACGUUGGGGUCAUUUGAUUAUUUCUCCCUAUUUUAUCCUCUUCUUCUGCACUGGUAGAAAGAAAAUUUCCCCAAUUUUGAAACAAAGUACUAAAAUUGUUCGAGAGAGAGAGACAAUGAUUGUUGAAUUCUAGUACAAUCAUAACGAAUGUUGAUAACAAACCCUAAAUUGUUUUCACCCAUUACUUUGAAAUCAUCAUUUUUUGCCUCUUCCUCUUCCAUUAAACUAUCUUCAUCUUGUACAGUAACUUGUCAAGCAACAGAAGUUCCAUAUAAAGUACCUCAAUGGUUUCAAUCUUCAAAACCCAUUUUUGCUGCCAUUAAUACCACUGUUGGUUUACCUCCGCAAGGUGGAACAACAAAUGUUCAUGGGUUAAGAGGAAUUACUACAGUGAACAAUAAUAAUAGUAGUAGUAGUAAUACUACUAGGGUUAAUGCUAAGGAACGAUGGUCUAGAGAUAGAGAGAGUUAUUUAAGAGAUAAUGAUGAUGCUCUUCCUCUCCCCAUGACUGUUCCUGAUUGUUCUCCUGUCUCUCCCGAUGAAAUUGAUCGUCGUUUUCAAUGUGAUCCUGUCAUUGAGGAUUGUAAAGAAGUUGUUUAUGAAUGGACUGGAAAAUGUAGAAGUUGUCAAGGUUCUGGAUUUGUGAGUUAUUAUUACAAAAGAGGGAAGGAGACCAUCUGUAAAUGCAUCCCUUGUCAAGGAAUCGGAUAUGUUCAGAAAAUCACCGCUAGGAAGGACAUUGAAGUAAUGGAGGAUAUAGACAACGAUAAACCAACUUGGCAAUAAUAUAUUUUUGGACCUCAAAGAGUAAUAAAUUAACAUCUUCUGAUUUAUUUAAUGAGACAUCUAUCUCCCACACACAGUUUCUUAUGCCCUUUCACAUUUUUACUCCUUUACGGUCUGCAUCAUUCUUCACUCUUACUUAAUGGGUACAAUAAAGAACGAUCACCUGGAGAGGUGAACAUAUAGAAUCAAGGACAUGAAACAUCUCUUAUUUUUCAAUAGAAUUGUUUUAUUUCCUCUUGGUUUA